AUGGAAAACAUAAUUCAAAAUAAGAAAAUUAACAAAUCGUUACUAGCUAACAAGCAUUACGUUCUACCUCAAUCGAAGCAUUCCUGCCUGAGUAAGAAGACGGAAAGCAACACAACACAGUCCCCUGCAUAUCAUCAUGCCCGACUUGGGCAGUAUGCAGCUUGUUUGUGGAAGGAGAAGGUCAUGACAGAUGUGCUGAUUGUUGUCCAGAACCAGGAAUUUAAAGCUCAUAAAGCAGUCCUCGCUUGCUACUCACCGUAUUUUUCGAAUGUGUUUGUUAAGCCAGGAUUCAGCGAUGUCCACUAUCUGCAAGUGCCCACAGUCACCGCUAAAGCAUUUGGUAUCUUACUGGAGUACAUGUACACCGGACAGCUGAAGGUGACAUGCCAAGACUUGAGUGAUGUGUACAGAUCCGCCCGAAAACUGGGAAUGAAAGGGGCCAUGAAAGAAUGCAUCGAGUUGCUUCACGUAACAACCGAAGACUUCCAAAACAUGGUUUACCUGUACGUCACAGCUCGCCAACUGAAACAAUGGGAGUGCACUAACCGAGCAUUCAGAUUGUUGGUCAUAAGUUUCGAAAGACUUGUCAUGACAAAACAAUUUUUGGAUCUUGAAGUGGAACAAAUUCUGGAGUUAUUCAGUUCUGACGAACUUGGCGCCAGAAGUUACAUCGUUGCAAAAUCGUUGGGACAAGAAAAUUUAUUUUCAGACCUAAAGCCUGAACCGAGGAGAUUUUUAUUUCAAGGAGAACCGAUGAUAUUAUGGGACCUCUGUAUGUAUGAACCGGACAAAUUUGAAGCGAACAGACGUAACCACGCCGCUACCAAGAUCCAGGCCGCAGUGAGGGGCUAUCUCACCCGGAAACAUCUGCGAGAAUGCAUCUCCAUAGCCCACUGCGCUGCGGUUGUCAUUCAGUCCGCGUUUCGAGGCUAUAGGGUGCGAAAGCGAUUCAAGAUGGGAAGAAGCCAAACAGAGGAUAUCGGUGAUUCAUUGCCAAUGCUCCCGGAGAAUAGAAAAGAAAAUAUGAAUAAGGCUCAUAAAGAGACUCUGAAUAAAAUCUUAUGUUUGGAAUCAUGCUUCAAAAGAACUGACAAAUCUCCACCAGAACCAACACUUUAUGUUAUGGGCGGCUGUAAUUCGGAUAUAAAAGAAAAAGGCCAGAACGUUAUAUUUAAAUAUGAUCUGAACAGCAAGAAUUGGUCUGUUUUAACAGCAACUCCUAUUCCUCUUCAUGAUACGCGAAUGGUUGCAACGGAUGAAGCUUUGUAUGUUUUAGGGGGAUGCAAUCCUUUGGAUGACAAUCCCCUUCCACUGAAAGAAAGUUACAAGUUUGUCUUUAAAAAUGAAGAAUGGCUUCCUUUACCUUUAAUGAACAAUGCUAGAUCCUUGCAUGCGGCUGUAAUCUUCAAUAACUUGAUACUUAUAAUUGGUGGAAAAGAUGAAGAAAAUAAAAUAUUAUCUUCUAUCGAAAAAUAUGAUGCAUCCAAAAACAAAUGGGAGGAAUUUACACCCCUCCCAGAGCCAAGAAUGGCAAUGGGGGCGGUGUCCUGCAAAGAUGCGUUGUGGGUGGCCGGGGGCAUCACAAGUGUCGGAGACAAUAUUUCCUUGGUGGACUCCAUUUGGUGUCUAGAAACAAAAAAACGAAAAUGGUUUAAAAGUUUCAAAUUGCCCAAGCCAUUGGCUUUCGCAACGCUUCUGUGUGACGGAGAACAAUUAGUGUGUGUCGGUGGUGCAGUGCGUGUGAGGAAAGGGGACACUUACAUCUUGGAGAGCCAAGAGGACACGUAUCGUUUAGACGCCAAGAAAGACACGAAGUGGAAAAAAGACUCGCCAAUGCCUUUGAAGUGUCACAAUACUGUAGCUAGUGUUUCAGAUGGAAACAUUUAUGUUUUGGGGGGAUUUUCUACAGAAACGAUGACGCAAAUAACAGAUGCUCUCUACUUCGAUAAAAAAGAAGAAAGAUGGUUUCCCUUCAGUGAUGUUCCCAAGACUGAUGCUGGUUUUAUGAUUGCUAUGUGCAAGAAAGCUUGA